AUGUGCGAAGAGCGGUACCGCCUCGUCGUACUUGGCUCGGCGAAAGUCGGGAAAACCAACUUGAUCCGACGGUACCUCUACAACGACUUCUCCACAAAGUACAAAGAGACCAUCGAGGAUCUUCAUUCUCGAGAGUUUCGAAUCCAGGUAAAAACAUGAUUAAACUCUGUCAGCAUUUCCAACAAAAUCUAGAAAUGAACUGGCUCAAUCCAUUUUCAGUUCUAUUGGGCCAUUUCCGUUACAGUCAAUUUUUGAAGACUUCAUCCAUAUGAGAUAACAAUUUAAAUAAAAUUCUUAUUUAUUUUUUUUUGUAUGUCCAACCUCUUUUUUUGAAGCUAAUUUGUGUAGUUUGAUUUUUUGUUUAUUUUAGCGUUUCCUUCUGAAUUCGUUUAUUCAAGUGAAACGUCGUGUAAAGAAACUAGCUAUAGUGAAUUAACUCGAAGAUUAUUCAAGCUUAAAAAAACAGGUAAGUUAAACUGAAAAAUGAGCCAAAACUGUUAAUUUAUUCAGUUCGAACAGGGGAAUAAGUUAAAAAUUUCUCAGAAGUUUCCCAAAAAAAAAAGCCUUUUUUUCCCAAUCAAAGUAGCUUAAGGGUGUUCCACUUCCACUGGACAUCCUGGACACCAAUUUCAACUUUCCGGACAUGCGGAGACUCGCCAUCUCCUCAGCUUCCGCCUUCCUUCUCGUGUUUGCCGUUGAUGACGUUACGAGCUUUAAAGAAGUUAGUAACUUUUUUAACUAAUUCUUUCGACUAUUUUCCUACAUUGUGGAAAAAAAAAACGUUCUACUCAGCUUUCAGCAACGGAAAAAAAAACGAAAAUGUUACCGUUUUUGAACAUGAGACAAAAAUAUCAAACUACGAACAUAUUUUUUUAAGUUUUUGUCUCUUUUAUUUUCAACCUUUUUUUUGCCCCCAUUUGUUUGAAAUCUCUCAUUCUCAUUUACCUAAUUUUUAUCAUUAUUUGGUUUUCAUUUUUUGCUAUCAGUUCUGCGUUCAAAUUUCCUGUCAAUCAGUGCCGGAAAUUGUGGCUUUUACAAGCUUUUCCUGUUCUAUCGUGUACUUUUUUGGUUCAGAUGUCGGAUCUGUGGCAAGAAAUUUGCGAGCGAAGGCCAGAUCUCAAUGAACUACCCGUCGUCGUCGUGGGCAACAAAUCCGAUGUCGUCACAAAAAAGGCAAAUUUUGCUGGAAAUUUUUGAUUCACGAGCAACGUUCACCGGCUUUUAUUACCUCGGGAAGGGGCUAUAAAAGUUUUCAGAGAAAGGAAGAAGUUUUCACGGAAAAGACGAAUUGGAAGUGCUUCAAAGUUAGAAGAAUAGGGCUGAUUGAAAUGUCACGAUGAAUAUACAAUUUUUUCAGAUCUACGAAGCCACUGCAGUCGCAUUUACUAGCCGUUUGAGCUCCGACGUCCGAUAUCUAGAAGUUUCGGCGAAGGAAAAUCUGCGUGUGACCGAGACCUUCAGGACGUUACUGGAAUUGAGCGGCUUCCCCCGAUGCAAAGUUGUGCAGAAAGUGCAUAUUUAGUCUGAAACAUUUAUGUUUGAAGGCCGGUGGAGGAGGAUUAGAUGACGUCGUCGAAUCAGAAUCCGAACACAGUCCUUCCUUAAGGAGAGCGCAGACCGUGAGGGCAAAGCCUAUGAAUAGGGAUAUCUACAAGCAAAAAUAUGAGGUAAGAAAGUUUGGAAAGUACAAAAUUUUGGGAAAGAAAAUUGCUUCAAAGUAUUUUUUCGCAACUUGGUUCUUUUUUGAAAAUAAUUUUGCGAAACCUCACCGUUCCGGUUUCUUUCUAUUACCAAUGAAAACCUUUUUUUGCCUACUCACGUACUUGAACAUCUUUUUUGCAGGGAAGGAACGGCUCAUCGAGUGCUCGAGAGCCGCCAACCCAAACGCUUGAGAAACAAAUUUCCCACCAGGCUCUUUCCAUCCCGCAACAUGUGAACGAAUUGAAAAGAAAUCUCUCUUUAAGGGUAUGUUUCUAUGAUUUUUUUAAAUAAAAAAAGUUAUAAGAAACAAAAUUCAGAUGAAGUCGCCUCGACGAGAAAAAAAGAUAAAGAAAAGGAAAAGGAGAAAGAGCCUGUUGAACGGCGGCUAUCCGACGAAUCGAAACUGUCUCGUAGUUCCAGUUUGAUCAGGUUUUUCUCUUACUAACUUUUGGGAGGAAAAAGUUAGCUGAACAUUUUUCAAACAGAUUUUUAACAGUUUAUCCUGUCUUUCAUAUAAAAUAUGACUUAUUUAUUUUUCAAAUUAAAUCAAAAUUUUUUCAUCGCAGGGUAGUAUUUUUCAAGAAAAAAAUUUAUAUCUUUCGAAAAAUGCCUGCUGCUUUCAUCAAUGGUUGAGAUCUUUAAAAAGGUUCUUUCAUUCAAAUUAUUCUAUAGAUCCACUAAGACGCGUUUUUACAGAAACUCUUUCUUAAAACUUUUUUUCCAAUCUGUUUUUUUGGAAAACCAUUCUAAAGCUUUUUUCGGUUUCUCAUAUUUUAGUGUUCAUAUUUCUUUUUAUUUUAAACCACAAAAACGUUUUUACAGGCGGACCAAGCACCUCUCCCUGAAAAUGCGACGUCAUGGCGAAAAAAUUGCCGACGACAAAGUGGACGAAAGCGACUGUAAAAUUCAAUAA